AUGCGGUCAAACAGAGCGGGCGCUUGCUCUGACAGAUUCUAGCUUUAAACACAGGCCACCUCUGCUCGCCGUCGCCAAACAGAGUACGUAGCUCAAAAGAAAAUGGAGCAGGCCGGCCAAGGAGCGCAGCCCGCGAAGAAGCCGGCCGCGGAGGUGACGCUCCGGCGGUUCGGCCUCGACGACGUGGACGCCAUGAUGGUGUGGGCGUCGGACCCGCAGGUGGCCGCCGUGUGCCGCUGGGAGCCCUACGAAUCCACGGAGAACCUGCUCGCCUACAUCCGGGACGCCGUGCUCCCGCACCAGUGGCAGCGCGCCAUCUGCCUCCCCGGUGACGACCGCCCCGUUGGCGCGAUCUCCGUGUCGCCGACGGACGACGCCUGCCGCGCGGAGCUCGGGUACGUGCUGGCGCGCGCGCACUGGGGCAAGGGCGUGGCCACGGCGGCCGUGCGGCGGGCGGUGGCCGCGGUGUUCGGCGAGGUGGAGGGGCUGCAGCGCGUGGAGGCGCUGGUGGACGUGGCCAACGUGGCGUCGCAGCGGGUGCUGGAGAAGGCCGGGUUCCGGCGGGAGGCCGUGCUGCGGCGGUACUGCGUGCUCAAGGGCGCCGUCAAGGACAUGGUCAUCUUCAGCUUCAUCUCCACCGACACUGUGCUGGUCGAAUGAUUGGUGUGAUAAUUCAGCUUAAUGUAUAUCCAGGCGAAAAGAAAAUUUCAUAAUGUCAUGCGAAACUUUGCUUUCUUUA